AUGGAGAACCAGGUUGAGCGACUUGUUGAGAAGGCGUGGAAGAAAUAUGAGCAGACGCCGAAGGAUAAGCGAUUAUUGAUUGGCGUUGCCGGCAUUCCCGGGUCAGGCAAAACGACCUUUUCACAAAUCAUCACUGAUCGUAUUAAUGCGCGGGCCUUAUCUUCCAACCCCUCCUCUCCUCCACCAGCAACAUUCGUCCCCAUGGACGGCUUCCAUCUCACCCGCGCCGCCCUCUCCGCUAUGCCAGAUCCCGAUACCGCCCACUUCCGCCGCGGCGCAGCCUUUACUUUUGAUGCGCCCAAGUUCCUUGCUCUUGUCCAAUCCCUCUCCAAGACCCCCAUCCCAUCAGAACCAAUUCUCGCACCGUCCUUUGAUCAUGCCCUUAAGGACCCUCGCGACGAUGACAUUGUCGUCAAGCCAGAGCAUCGUGUUGUUGUUCUGGAGGGGAACUACCUUGCGCUGGACCAGGAUGUCUGGCGGGAUGCGGCGAAGCUUUUGGAUGAGGUUUGGUUUGUGGAGGUGGACUUUGAAGUUGCGAGGAAACGGUUGAGGGAGAGGCAUGUAAGAGCAGGUAUUGUAAAGGAUUUGGAGGAGGGAGAUCGAAGGGCCAUGGAGAGUGAUCUUGUUAAUGGUAAGGAGAUCAUUGACUUCAGACUCAAGGUCGAUGAAGUAAUUCAUAGUCGCGAAGACGGGACCUGGGUACAUGAAUGA